CACACUGCUCGAAACACUAUUUUGCGGGGGCGAGUUUUCCGCGGAAAAAUGUUAUUAAUUAGCCCAACGGACAAGUCCCGAUGCUUCGCCCGCCAGCAGUAGCCAGCAGAACAUGUCCCCGCCUCGUCGCCACAGCGAAUCACGGAUCACAGCCCACACGCACGCCCAGCAGCCGGAGGAGCAACAGGGUAGCAGGAGCAGGAGCCCCCGGAGAUUCAGACUCCAGCACUAGCCAUGGAGCAAUCUGUGUCCGCCCGCUGGCUGCGACGCUAUCGCGCCUUCUUCCUCAUCCUGCUGCUCAUCGUGGCCAUCCAGCUGUUCCUGGCCUACAAAUCCCUGGACAUCGUGGGCGGCGGUUCGGGCUCCGGAUUCGAUGCGGCUGAGGCGCCCGCCAGUGCGCCCCCGCCACUGUCCCAGGAGCGAGUGCAGCCACCACCCAGGACCAAACUAACUGCCCAGCAACUGGGCUUCCAGCCGGAGUGCGACAUCAUCGCCCGCGAGGCCAUCUCCGCCCUGCAGCGCGCCAAAACGAAAGACUGCCGGGAACAUAUCGCGCACAUCGCGUGCGCCAUCCAAGCCGGGCGCUUCUAUGCUCCGCAACUGCGCAGCAGCUGCCCGGCGGGCAAUCACACGGCCAACGUCUCCCUGGGCUGCUACAAGGACGAGAAGGAUCGCCGCCUGCUGGCCGGCUACUACAGCAGCUCCAAGACCUCCAAUUCGCCCGCCAAGUGCGUGGAGCUGUGCCUGCAGAGCGGCUACCCCUAUGCGGGUGUCCAGUACGGACGCGAGUGCUUCUGCGGCUUCGAUACGCCGCCGAGGGCAGCGAAGAUACCCGACUCCAGCUGCAACACAAAGUGCCUGGGCAACGCCAAGGAGAUCUGCGGGGGAUUCUACGCCAUGAACAUCUACGAGACAGGCAUAGCCAAGUUCACCGCCCAGCUGGCGGCCACCACUCCUCCGCCGGGCACGAAGCGCGUGCGGAUCGCAUUUCUGCUGACGCUCAAUGGCAGAGCGCUGCGUCAGGUGCAUCGACUGCUGAAGGCGCUCUACGCGCCGGAGCACGUCUACUACAUUCAUGUGGACGAGCGCCAGGAUUACCUGUACCGGAAGCUGCUGGAGCUGGAGGCAAAGUUCCCGAACAUCCGCCUGGCGCGAAAGCGCUUCUCCACCAUCUGGGGAGGAGCCUCGCUGCUGACCAUGUUGCUGCAGUGCAUGGAGGACCUGCUGCAGUCCAACUGGCACUGGGACUUUGUGAUCAAUCUGAGCGAAAGCGAUUUCCCGGUAAAGACGCUCGACAAGUUGGUGGACUUCCUGAGUGCCAAUCCGGGGAGGAACUUUGUCAAGGGCCACGGCCGGGAGACGCAGAAGUUCAUCCAGAAGCAGGGUCUGGACAAGACCUUUGUGGAGUGCGACACGCACAUGUGGAGGAUAGGCGAUCGCAAGCUGCCGGCGGGCAUCCAAGUGGACGGAGGCAGUGACUGGGUGGCGCUAUCGCGACCCUUCGUGGCCUAUGUCACCCACCCCAAGGAGGAGGAUGAGCUGUUGCAGGCUCUGCUCAAGCUCUUUCGGCACACCCUGCUCCCGGCGGAGUCCUUCUUCCACACGGUUCUCAGGAACACGCAGCACUGCACCAGCUAUGUGGACAACAACCUGCAUGUGACGAACUGGAAGCGGAAACAGGGGUGCAAGUGCCAGUACAAGCACGUGGUGGAUUGGUGCGGAUGCAGUCCGAAUGAUUUUAAGCCGGAGGAUUGGCCCAGGCUGCAGUCCACGGAGCAGAAAUCCCUCUUCUUCGCCCGAAAGUUUGAGCCUGUGAUUAACCAGGCUGUGCUGCUGCAACUGGAGGAGUGGCUCUACGGGCCGUACACCAGCGAGUACGCCAAUCUGCACGGCUACUGGCAGUCGCUGUACCACCACGAGGACGUCCACGGAUCGGGGGAUGAUUUGGCCAGGAGCAUAGGGGACAGCGUGAUGCGUCUAUCUGCUCGGCAGGCCAAAUUGGAUGCCCUGGAGUUGAUCGAACUCACGCACUACCUCCACCGGGAUCAGUACAAGGGUUUCCUGGUGCGCUACCGAGCCAGAGGAUCGUCGGGGAAACCACUGCAUGUGGAGACGCGAGUGCGGCCGAUGCAGCAAGGCAAGCUGGCGAGGAAUGCCCGCUUCAGCAAGAGAUUGCGCAACUUUGAGGUCUCCACGGACUUCGAUCAAAAGGAGCAGGUGGCCCGCAACUUCGGCAAGCUCUUGGGUCCCCACAGUGACCUGCUACUGAGCUACACCCUGCAGGCCAACGCGGAUUCGGGGGCAGCCUCCCACUCGUACAACCUCACCCUGCUGUGGAUAGAUCCGCUGGGUCGCUUGCAGGAUUUCAAUGAACUGCAUGUCGAGGACUCCACCAGCGAUGUGAUAAGCCACUCGAAAACCCUGCUCAAACAUCCAAUCACGCCUGGGAUCUGGACAGCAAAGUUGAUAGGCCGCAACUCCAUCUAUGCGCAGCUCAAGUUCCUAAUAGUCCCAAUGGCCUACUACCGAGGAUUUGCCUUGGAAAAAUCCUCAGAAGCUGAGAAGCUAAACGCCGGCUUGUCCAUGGCGCUGCCCGAGGAGUUCGAGAUGCCCGUCGAGUGGCAGCAGCAUCUGCAAACCGACGAUGAGCAGUUUACCAUGCGCGAAGAGUCCCUGGCCAAGGGGCGGAUGCUGGGACAGGAGCUGCACGGUUGGAUUGACGGACUGGUCGCGCAGUUCUUUCAGCUCCGCGAGAGCUGCGUGGUGGAGGCGGACACCGAGGUUUCUCUGCCGCUCUGCGGCGACGUGGCCUGGAGCUCACUGGCUCCCGAUCCCAAGAGCGACGUGGACGCCCUGCUCAAAUGAGCCGUUGCCAUUCAUCAGUUUUGUUAUUAAUUCUCUAGUGUAAAUACUCGCCAAGAUCUAGCAACCGAUAUGCAAUUAACCAUUUUUGAUAGCUCAUUUCCCUUCGUAAUCUUUAGAUUGUUGUGAUAAAUGUGAACUUGUAAGCGCCAUCUUGACCGGAUGCGGAACUCCGCCGCUCCACUUGUAAUAUUUUUGAUUUUUUCAAUAGUAGAGCAUAGAGCGUUUUGAAGUAUGUGUUAAGUUAGUUAGAUUUGAACGAACGCCUUGUAAAUACGCAACGCACUGGACACCAAAAGAUCGCAUUAUGUACUGCGUACUGUACAUAAGGUUAGCUAGACGCAAUUCCUUAACUAAGUCAUAAGCUAGGGCAGCAGCAGCACCACCAGAUAGCAAUUGAAUCAGUUGUAUUCACAAUGUUUCUUCGAUUUUUUGAUUCACAUAUCAAGUUAUCCAAAAUAAAUGAGCAAUUCUACAUGUA